GUCUGUCUUCUUUUUUUUUUCCUGGAUAACGAGAGGGUAAGUAUGUUAUGUCUGCAAUAUUCAACCAUUGAAAGCGUGCUAAUUUUUUUUAAUGUUUAUGUUAAAGAAUGUUUAACUGUGACCAGUUUACAUUUUACAGUUUAUCCAACACAAAAAUCUGAUGACACUUUGGUAAAUGCUCUUAGAAAUUGCAGCCUAUCUCGACCUCUAUUUGGUAUUAUAAUUAAAGGCUUACUUUGCCUUUAACAUAUGAAUUUAUACUGCCAACAUCAAGAUUAUUUCAUUUUUUAUCAAUGCUCGUUUAUUAU